AUGUCAUCAGAAAACCCUUCCGUGCCUUCAACGGCCCGCCAAUUCAAAGUAAACCGCACCUCUUUCGCCCGCCACUACGACAUCCAUGACAUCUCCGGCAACCAGCUAUACUACGUCGAUCAGUCCCUCUUCACCAAGGAUAAGCCCGACCUCACAUUCCAUGAGGGCAAGGAUACCAAUGGGCCCAUUGUAGCGGUCUCGCACAUGCCCAAAUUCUCGUUUGACUGCAAAGUCGGGCUUGGGGACCCGUCCAAGACAUCAGUAAAGUGGGAAGAACUUACGAGAGAAUCAGUAAAGGCCUCAGAGUAUCAGUGGUCCAUGACUCUCCCGGAAGCAAGUGGUCAGGGCGUCCCGUCUGGUAGGAGGAAGUUUGUCUGGAAACGUACGCACAAUGUUGGCGUUGAGGGGGGCUCGCCGUCGUCGUUGACGCUGCGGAACUAUAAAUUGUUGGACGUGGAGACGGGGCAACUUAUGGCGGUGUUUACGAGUGAUCGGGGGUUUACGACGUGUGGUGUGCUGCAGAUUAAUGUUGAGUUUGGGAAAGAUUUUGAUGUCAUGGUUACGGCGACUUGUUUGUCGUUGUAUGAGAAGGCGAGGAAGAGGGCGGCUCACUCUGCGGGAGGUCAUGGGGGCGGUCCGUAG